AUGGAUCGUAGUUGGAUGUAUGGUAGACGUGACACAAAGGAUUUCAUGCAUGUGGUUUCGGAGUUCUAUAUGAGUGUUUUGCAACAUCAAGCUAGUACGGGGGUCAAAGAGUUUUAUUGUCCUUGUGCCGAUUGUGAGAAUGUGAACACGGUCAAUAAUGUUUUGGUGAUUAGAGAUCAUGUAUUUAUGCUUGGGUUUAGACCUAAUUACCAUGUAUGGGUUUAUCAUGGUGAAAGUGGAGUGUACGUAGGUCAUUCUAGUAAGAAUGUUGUGCAUGAACAAGAAGAAGCUAUCCAUGCGGAAGAGGAAGCCGAUUGUUUUGAGGAUGACGAUGACGUUGAAAAUAAUAUUGAUGAUGAUAAUGAUCGUGUGGAGGACAUGUUGCACGAGGUCGAGGAUGAGGUUCGCGAUCGUGUUUUUGAGUGCUUGUCUAAGGCGGCUCAAACACCAUUGUAUCCUGGUUGUACAAAGUAUAGCAAGCUUUCCGUUGUUUGCACACUCUACAAUAUCAAGACAAGCGGAGGCUGGACUGACAUUAGUUUCACUGAGUUGUUGGUGGCGCUAAGUGAUAUGUUACCGGCUGGCAAUGAACUUCCUAGGUCGAACUAUUAUGCCAAGAAGCUCAUGUGUCCCUUUGGUUUAGAGUACAAGAAGAUACAUGCUUGUCCAAAUGAUUGUCUGCUAUAUCAUAAGCAGUAUGAGAAUUUGGAUAAGUGUCCACGGUGGGGAGUGUCACGUUACAAACGCAAAGGGGUAAGCGAGGGUAAGAAUGUGUACCCAGCUAAGGUGUUGUGGUAUCUUCCCAUAAUACCGAGAUUCAAGCGCUUGUUUUCGAUAAAAAAAGAUGCAAGGAAUUUGAGGUGGCAUGCAGAUCCUGGUCGAAGGAAGAAAGAUGGUUUGCUUAGACAUCCUGCUGAUUCUCCCCAGUGGAAGACUAUUGACAAGCUUCAUGACACUUUUGUACAUCAUGUUGUGCUUCUUAUAUCGGGGCCUAAACAACCGGGAAACGACAUAGAUGUCUACCUUGAACCUCUCGUUGAUGAUUUGAGAAAGAUGUGGGAUAAAGGGGUUUCGGUAUUUGAUGCACAUGCAAAUGAGACGUUUAGAUUGCGUGCAAUGCUUUUCUGCACCAUCAAUGACUUCCCUGCUUAUGGUAACUUAUCCGGGCUUCUUAGGCGUGAUCAUCCCUAUCGUAAGAUGAAGACAACAUUCGAUGUGGAUAUUGAGAUGGAUGUCGCCCGUAGAGCGUUGACUGGUAAGGAAGUUUAUGAGCGGGUCAAGGGUGUUGAAACGGUCUUCGCAAGUCAGUGA